AUGAAAACAUAUUUAUAGCUUAAUAGGCAUUUGGUAUCACAAAUAAUUAAUUAUGCAAACUUAGAUGAUAUCGAAAUAAAUAAUAAUGAUAAAACUACUACAUCUACCAACUAUGUGUUCAUAAUGAUAUUCAUGAUACUAGCCCUUGGAUACUUAAUAAUACUUAUCCUAAUACUCUAUAGAGGGAAAACACUCUAUAAUAGAUCUACAACCAUAAUAGUAUCAAAGAUUUUUUACUUUUAAGGAUUUGUUUUGUGCGCGUUUAGAGUAAUAUCAUCAGUACUUUUAAUUAUAGUAUCUUACAAUUAUGAUUACACUACUGAAGAGACCAAUAAUACUCAACAAGAUAAUAAUAUUUAAAAGCUUUUGUAUAAUGGACUUUAUAUUUCAGACGCUGUUUUUGAUAUGAUGUAUUUUAGUCUAUUUUGGUACAUUAUCAUUUACUCGUAUAAAUCUCAUGUCAGAGUUGGAAAUAUUCUUGAAGAUAGAAAGAACCCUGCUGCUUCAAAUAAGGGACUAAAUAUAUAUACAUUAAUAACUGUGUUAUAUAGCUUGGUUCACCUUUUAAUCACUUGCUUAUACAAUUUAGAUUUAUAAAAUCUGAAUUAGUAGUUUUACAUCUCAUGCAUAAGUGUGAGUGAUAUUCUAUGUAUAGUCUACUAUAUCAUAGGUAUAUUCAUCCUCAAAUUUAAAUUCAGCGGGGCCCCAUAUAAAAGCAGUGCACUAGAAAAAGAAAUGAAGCAUUUAGAAAGAAUGGGAUAUUUUUGGCUGUUUGGCAGAUGUUUUUAAGCAUCUCUUGAUAUUUUGAUGGUAGUAGAAUCACAAUAAAUAUAAAAUCUAAUUGUAGGUAAAAAUCCAAAUCAGGGGAUAUUCUGGAAUGUUAUCAGUUAUUUUAUUCUACCUGCUAAUUAUAUUGUGGCGGAAGUAGUUCCUAUUCUAUAUAGUCUGUUACAAGAAUCAGUCAAAAUUUUUAUCAAAAGUCCAAAUAAUUCUUAAGAAAGCGUUCUACUGGUUGAUGAAAAUGAUAAUCCAGUUAAUGAUCCUCUCAAUAAUUCAACGGAUAAUAAAGAUAAUAUAAAUGAAUAAAAUAGUGUUAUUUCAGAUACUUAAGAUAAUAACAUUAUUAAAAUAAACAAAGAAACUUAAUUUAUCAAAUAGCUGAAAAAGAAGGAAAAAAAAAGAGGGUUUGGCUUUAUUUAAAAAGUAUUAUUCGAAAAAAAAAAGAAAACAAGAGAGAGCUAGCUUAAAGACAGCUUCAGAGAUAGCAAUGCUUCUGGAGAUAGGGUAGUAGAUGAUGAAUAUGAUGUGCUUGCUUUCCGUAUUUUACCAAUAGAUACACUUUCUUCGUAUAUAUUGCAAGAAGUUAAUCAAGAUAUCAAUAAACUAAAACGCUACCAUAUUAAGAACAUAUCAAAAAUUAGCAAAUUGGCAAUAGAUAACAACCAAGUGUGUUUAGUUUCAAAAUACUAUGAGCUUGGUUCUCUUGCUGAGCUGAUUUAAAAGCACCAUAACGUUUUAGAAUCUUCAAGGUCAUCGGGAACUUCAUCAUUUCCAAUUGCAUCAGAUAAUAAAAGCCUAAAUAAAAAUGACUAAAAUAAUAAUUUAUAUGGUAAGAGAUUGAAUAUCAAUUCAACGAGUGUUGACUCUUUUGAUUUUAAAUUUUCUUAUGAAACUAAAAUGAAAAUUGCUAUUUCAAUUGCUAAAACAAUGGCUAAACUUCAUAAAAUUGGUAUCAUUCAUGGACAUUUAAGUAGCUCUAACAUUUUAUUUGACACAAAUUAUGAAGUUAAGAUAUCUGAUAUUGGUCUCACUAGUCUUAAGAAAUUGAUAAGCUACAGAUUUGGAUACUAAAAUAAAACUCACUUUACUGCUCCAGAGCAUCUUCAAGAAAAAUCUUUGAUUGUAUAAAAUCCGAAAACUAAAUCAGACAUUUACAGUUUUGCUUUCAUUUUAUGGGAAUUAUUUAUGGAAAGAGAAGCUUUUAGCAACCUUAGCUUAGAAGAUCUUAAAAAGACAAUAAUCUUAGAUAAUUCAAGACCUAAAAUUCCAGAAGUUGGCCCCAUACCAAAAGAAGUGGCAACAAUAAUUCGUUAUUGUUGGCUUUUAAACCCUAAUGAACGUCCUGAAUUUGGCGUUAUUCUUGCAAAUUUGAAGAGAAUAAACAACGAGUCUCUCGAUGAUGAUGAAGAUUUUAUUUUUGACGAGCAGGAAUACAAGCUUUCAUUCAAAGACGUUGAUUAAAUAAAGGAACAGCGCUUAAAAAGCUAGGAUAUAGAAUCUGAUGAUGAAGAUGAAGAAAUGUAAUUCAAAUUUAAAAAACAAAACCAAUAAAUAUGA